AGCGAGCGAGCCCCGACGGCCGUGGUUGGUGGAGGGGGGAAAAUGGGGGACAGUGUGGGGUGGUUUGGGGAGACUGAGGUGGGGAGUAGGGGGAGAACUAGGGAGGGAGCCUCACCCCCGCGAAGCUUUCUGCGCACGCGCAUCUCGGUGCAUCUGUUGGGCGGGGCUGCGGGGCCUGUGACACCGCCCGCUGAGCUCUGUGAUGUAGCCGCUUGCGGAGACUGGAAGCAGGCGCGGCGCGCCCGGCCCGCCCUCUUCCGCUGCCGCUGUGGGAAUGGAAACAUCUGCCCCACGUGCCGGAAGCCAAGUGGUGGCGACAACUGAGCGCCACUCCGCGGCCUGCCGCGCAGAUCCUCUGCGUGUGUCCUCGCGAGACAAGCUCACCGAAAUGGCCGCGUCCACUCAAGGAAACUUUGACGGAAAUUUUGAGUCACUGGACCUUGCGGAAUUUGCUAAGAAGCAGCCAUGGUGGCGUAAGCUAUUCGGGCAGGAAUCUGGACCUUCAGCAGAAAAGUAUAGCGUGGCAACCCAGCUGUUCAUUGGAGGUGUCACUGGAUGGUGCACGGGUUUCAUAUUCCAGAAGGUUGGAAAGUUGGCUGCAACAGCUGUGGGAGGUGGAUUUUUUCUCCUUCAGCUUGCAAACCAUACUGGGUACAUCAAAGUUGACUGGCAACGAGUGGAGAAGGACAUGAAGAAAGCCAAAGAGCAGCUGAAGAUCCGUAAGAGCAAUCAGAUACCUACUGAGGUCAGGAGCAAAGCUGAGGAGGUGGUGUCAUUUGUGAAGAAGAAUGUUCUAGUGACUGGGGGAUUUUUCGGAGGCUUUCUGCUUGGCAUGGCAUCCUAAGGAAGAUGACUUCAUGUUCAUUGUUCCUGUUUUUUUCCAGCCAGCAACCUCUACACUCCAUCAUAGGACAUCGAGUCCCUCCUCCUCUUCUCCUUCCUCCCUGCCAUGGCAAAUCCGAGUGGCUUCUAUAAGCGUCUGCUGGUACAAGUUAAUGUGGCACCAUGAGCCUGAUGGUGGCAGAAGAGACAAUAGUCCUUAGCUCUCCUCCCAGUACACCCCCUACUUGGUCAGUCUGUAGGUCAACAAGAAAGUUCCUUUACCCCCAUGCAAGACACUUAUGAGAACACGUUGCAAGAUGGCUGACUGUGGAGGAUGAGUAGAUCCUGAAAGGUUGUCCCGAACUGUUGAUUUGGAAAAGAAAUAAGCACAUAGAUAACCUUAUUGUGUGCUGCAUGGAAAGGAACUGAAUACAUUUGCCUUUAAGCAUGAAAGAUUUUGGUAUCUUGGUGUCUACUUUCUUUUUUAGUUGGCUUUACAUUACAGAAAGAGCUAUUUAAAUCUGUUAUAAUUAUGCCGACAAAAUUGGCAGCAUAAUUAUUAUAAUUGAAAAAUCCGAUGUUGUCCAGGAAUGUUUUCUACCAUACAGGAUAAUGUAUCUCAUGGCUGUUUCCAAAGGGUUUAUUUAUUGUAAAACGAGUGAUUUAGGUGGGAAAGGGAAGAUCUUGGAUUUUUAUUUCGUAGAAAAGGUUUUAAGCUUUGAAAUGUGAAUGAAGUAUUCUUAUCAAAACAUUAGGGGUGGCCAUAACUCCUCUGUGCCACUUCUAUUUUUUUUUUUUAUCUAGUUAGUUUGAAAUAUAACAUUUAAACCAGAAUUUUAAAGAAGUAGCUUUCCAGGGAUUCCGAAUUAAGAAAGAUACAUAUUGUAUCUUUCUUGUGAUACAUGUGAAAUAAAUUUCCGUCAAGUGUAAUCUACCAUCUCAUGAUGACCACAACCUCUAGAAUUCUGUAAAAGCUCACACAUGCACACACACGCACACACACACAUGCACACACACAGAAUCUUAGCAUAUUUUGCUGUAGUGGCAUGUUACCAUGUCUACAGUCCCAACCAGAAUAUCAGUCAGCUUUCAGAGGGUAAGACUUCUGUCUUCACCAUUAUACUCACAGGGCUUAGCACUUAAUAGGUGCUGAGUAUUUGUGGAAUAUAUGAAUAAUGACUUUAUAGAAAGAAAACUCACUAUUAAAGGUUAGUUUUACUCAGAAUUAAUCAUUAAUCUUGGAGAUGAUCUCUUGUGAAAUAUGAGUGUGUUUCUAAGGCCAUACAUUUAAAAAUGUUUGCAUUUUAACCCGUCUUGAGAAUGAUGUAUUGAAUUUGAAAAUCAAAACUACCAGUGGAUGUGUGGAACUUUACAGACAUCACCUAUUUGUGUUUUUCUCCUUACAUUUAAGGAAACAUAAGCCAUUUUGUUUGCAAUAUGUAUGAAUCAUCUCAAAACCACAAUGGUAUGAGCCUCUUUGCUGCGUAUUUUUCUAUAAGAACUUAUUUUUUUUCACUUUUUAUUAUGGAUGCUUUCAGGAAUAUAUAAAAGUAGAGAAUAUAGUGCAAUAAUCCCCCCAUGUAUCUAUCACUCACCUACAACAAAAUUAUAGCUAUGCUCAUUUUUACCAAUUAUUGUGAAACAAAUAUCAAAAUGUCAUUUGAUCAUAUUUCAGUAUGUAUCUCUAAAAGGUAAAAAUUAUUUCUAAAAAUCAUAAAUAUAGUACCUCAUCAUAUCAAACAUUAACAGUAAUUACAUAAUAUCCAAAAUCUGAUCAGUGUUCAAAAUUUCCUUGUCUCAAGUAUUUUACAUUUAGUUUGUUUGAAUCAAAAUUCAUGCAAGGUUCACAUUGUAUUUGCAUGAUUUGAAUAAGUCUCUUAACCUUAUAUAUCCUCCUCUAAAUUUUUGUUUGCUAUAUAUUUAUAUCUAUAUAUAUUGAUAUGGAUAUAUGUAGUGACACUGAGUCAUCUGUUUCCUGCUUCCCCAUACUCUGCCUCUCCUGACAUCUGGGUCUCUUGGGUUAUGCCAUAUAUGGUGAUAGUGACUGCAGCCACUUUAGCUGUGUGACUUACCCACAGCAAUGGGAUGGUAACAGCAAAGCUAACCAAAAUGCUCUGUGCCCCUUUGGGUUGCAUGUGGGGAGACUGGCCACCCAGUGCCUCUCCAGUGGGGUAGGGGUUGUCUUUUGGUGCAUCUGUUUUUCCUGUGAUUAUUGGUGAGUACAGCAAAGAUUAGCAGGUGGUUCUAAAUUACCUUGAGUAGGUUGUAAUAGUCUGGCCUCA